AUGCCAUUUUUUGAAGUUUCAGUAAUUACAAGAUCCUUGUCCAAGGCAGAUCUCGUCAAGGCACUUGUUCGCGCAGGAAACACGCUAAUGGAUCAUGGUGCAGUCAUUGAAAAAGUUGAGUCUUUGGGACACCGCGAUUUGCCAUAUAAACGAAUUGCAAAGCAGACGAAAGAGCCAGUAUAUGCUUCAAACUUCUUUCUUUUCAAAGCUCAUAUGUCACGUGAGGCAAAACAACAAACAAGGUCGAUUCUCACUCAUGAUCUCGAUACAGUACACGUUGAUUUAGUACAAAUUGAUACAGCCCCACAGAAACCAAUCGAAUGCAAUUUGGAAGAAAUCUUGAAGGCACCUGCAGAACGAAAGGCCGUGAAAGAACUUCGAGAAAAUCAGAAGAUGGGCCAUUUCACUCGGCAAAUGAUCUACAAGCGUACAGAAAAGGAAUGGAAGAGCAUUCCGAAGAGUUACCCGAUUGCUCCACCAAGGCCCUAG